AUGACCAUUCAAGAAGAGCUUGAAAGUCCUGGUUUUUCCAAUGAGACCCAAUGGGGAUCCAGCAAAGUGUUCCAAAAUUAUCUGAUGCCUUCUUUGAAACUCUACGAUACUCGUGUUUCCAUCAAUCACUGGCAACUGAGAGAUUGCGUCAAGCAUUCAACCAGUGAGCCCGGUAAGAUUUAUUACAUUUACGACCAUUCUAUUCGUGUGCUCGAUACAACGAUCAGUAGCUCUGGAACAAAACUUCGAACAACGAAGGUUUCGAUCCGUAACCGGAAAAGGAGAAGUUCUUCUCCCAAAGUUCUUUCUCAGGAACAGCUGCAAUCGCCAUCUCGAAAACUGGUUGAGUUCGAUUUCAAAUCCCGAUGUUUUCAAGAACGAAACGGGCUUCUCGUUUCGGGCGGUCUGAUGGGUGCUGAGGACAACGGUAAUUGGGGCCAGUUCUUUCGAAACACGUCUUCCACACCAAGCAGAUCUGCUGGCCAGACUUUUGCUGGUUCGGGUGUUGAGCCUAUUAGACUUGGAAGCAGUUCCGUGCUUUCAGAUCAUAACACCUACAGUAACAGCGAAACCUGGAAAGGUUUACUGUCUCUGUACAAUGAAGAAAGUGGCACAUGCUUAACGUAUCGACUAGGUCAAUAUAUCAACAACUGCGUUCUUCUCCAUCCCAGAACCACACAGCAGUAUGACCUUUUUGCAUGUAACAAUGAUGCCCAUUUAUAUCAAUGCGAUGUGAGUAAUCGAGGCAUCGAACUAACCAAAAGAUAUUCAGAUUUGAAAUUUUCUCUCAAUAACGCUGCUUUAUCUCACGACGGCAAGACCCUUAUAACGUCUGGCGAUUCUAGCAAAUUCGCAAUCUAUCACCAAAAUGAGCUUACUGGGUUUUUCUCAUUGAGAUACGAUUCUCAGCCCCAAUGGGGCAGCUCAUUCAUCAGAAAUAAACGCAUUCCGCGCUAUGCGAUGCCUGACAGGUCCGGAUUCGUGGACAACAUAUACGAAGUUCCCGGAGGAGAUCACGGAUUUUAUACAAGCUUCAGUGAGAACGACAUGCUAUUCGCAACUGUUUUCCAGAAUGGAACGUGCUGGGUUUAUGAUGCCAGGAAAAUGGAAUCACCGAUGGCUGAAAUCAACUCGACACGCAAGUACACUCAAAAUGGUGCAUUUCGGGUCUGCAAAUUUAGUGAGGGAAUGGACGACUUGCUUUUCGUUUCUGAACAUCACGGGCGCGUGCACGUAAUCGACACGCGCAACUUCAUGAAUCACCAAGUCAUCAUGAUACCAGAUAGCACCACUGCUUCGAAGGGGGACAGAGAGCCGCUCUUACCUUCUCGAAGAAGCUCUUUGCCCGCUCAAUUGAGCGAUCCACAUACCACAUUUGCUUCGAGCAUACCGGUAAAGGAACUUCAACCGCAGUUAGUUCCCUACCCGAAAGCAAUGAACUCUACUAGCAAUUGCUCAGAUACUGGCAGUGUAAAUGAGGACAUUGUUGAGCCUGAAAAUGUGGGGCGCAGAAGUAGAAGGUCUUCUUCCUUCAGAGUGAGAAGAUUCUCGACUUCUUCCAACACUCCUCAUGUUUCCUUAGAAUCAAUUGAUCCGUCAAUUCUGGAGUCGCGAUAUUUAGCACCAAACUACCGGGCAGUUGACAAUUAUAACUAUAUCGGUGAGGAUACAAGGGUUGGGUCGAACAAUGGCAACACCAAUCCUGUUACAGCCGACCAAAAUAACGACGUCUUUCUCGAAAACGACGUCGAGGUAGUGGAUGCCUAUAGCGACACCAGCGAUCCCUUAUUUCAGUCGCUCACGUCGCGAUCUCGCCCUCAUGCAAGCAGGGCUUCGCCAACGGCUCCUCGCUAUUCCCGCGGAAGCGACCUGUCUGCUAAUUCCAAUGAUGAAAAUAAUAUUUCAGGAAUUGACUGGAUGGAGGAUGAAGAGGGCAGCUCACUAGUCAUUGGUACGGACUAUGGCAUCAUCAAAUGGAAAAUAAACUCUUGGGCUCGCAGGUCGUUCCCAAGCUAUGAUUUCUGUUAA